GGUCCCCGGACGCAAACCGCCGAGGCUCCCCGGGGGGCUUAGCUAGCUGUGAGGCAAUAUUCCUGCCUACGCCUCGCGAUUCCUACUGCCCAUGCGACACAGCGAAUGUAAGUCUCCAUCCUUCGUCGCAGACAGCUUCGCAUAGCUCCCGCCCUACACAUCAUGUCGGGUCGCAACAGCAAUUCCGACGACUCGUCUCGCGUUCCCAACGGCGCGUUCCCCCGCGAAAGCCUCCCCAAGGAACUUCAGAAAAUUGUCGACAGACACAGUCAAGAUGACUGGAUGGAUGACCUCUACGAAGGCGCCACGCCCGACACUACAGACACCAGCAUGCGGUACGCUGCGUAUGCAAACCGGCUGCGCACCAUCAUGCUCAGUGCCCACCGAUACGUUGCCUACACCUCCGACAUAGGCGAGUCCUUCCGGCCUGUCGCACACCCUUGGCUCGUCAGAGGCGCGUACGGCAUCUCGUGGGCAUAUAUUCUCGGCGACGUCGGCAACGAAGGUUGGAGGGCCUACAAAAGAAACCAGAAGCGGUUACACCCUGACGGUGACGAGUAUCGCGAUGCAAGCCAGAAAUCAGAGGCGGCGCAGCAGUUAACGCGGCAACCGGUGCAUAUACCUGCCAUCGAGGACUACCGGAGUGUCAUGGCGCAGAGGGCGGUGUUCCAGAGUCUUGCGUCGAUGGGUCUGCCUGCGUUCACGAUUCACAGUAUCGUCAAGUACUCGGGGAAGGCUAUGAAGAACGUCCAGAAUGUCAAAGUAAGGACAUGGGGUCCAAUUGGGCUCGGUUUAGCAGCCGUCCCGGCACUUCCGUAUUUGUUCGACAAGCCUGUGGAGGAGGCUGUAGAAUGGACCUUCUACCAGGCGUUCCGUGCUAUUGGUGGAGAAAGAGCCGUGGGAGACAGGCAUGCCAUUGGCAGACAAGAUGCCAUCAAGGCCGAAGUAAAACUACUGAAAGAAAGGAAGGAAUUAUAGAGCGUCAAAGGAUAAAAAAGCGGUCUCUAGCUCGUCCUGUUUCAUUAGCCCGCCACUCGUCUUGGGAAGUAACUGUACAUGUCCAAUUCGCUUCUCAUCAAUGAUAUUCAUACAACUGGAGUCUUCUGGAUCUCCAGGUACUCCCAGUUGCAUGCUCUGAGUUACAAAGCGCAUGAAACAGCAGCUUGUACCUAAUCAGCACUGAUCGUCAGCCC